AUGCAGGCAACCACCAAAGCCGCACCGAAGACGCUCACCGUCGCGCCGAUCGAGGAGAAGGUCGCGGUCGUCCAGCAAAAGGUCCACGAGUCCGCGUACGCCCUCAAGUUCGCCGGCGCCGCCUUCAGCAACAUGGCGUCAUCCGCCUUCUGCAACCCGACAGACAUCAUCAAAGUCCGCCAGCAGCUCCGGACACAAGCCCCCGGCGCGCGCGCGAACGCGUUUUGGGCCGUCGGCGUCGAGAUGGCGCGCACCGAGGGCGUCCGGAGCCUCAUGGGCGGCGUCUCCGCGAGCGCCCUGCGCGAGAUCGUGUACUCGGGUCUCCGGAUGGGCACGUACGAGUACUUCAAGGACACGCUGUUCGAGCAGACCAAGGGCGCGCUGACGCGCGACGGGCUCGCGCUCAAGAUCUCGGCGGCGACGAUCGCGGCGACGCUCGGGAGUUCGCUCGCGACGCCCGCGGACCUCGUCAAAGUGCGCCUGCAGGCGUACUACCCCGACGGCUCCCCGUACCGCUCCAUGCGGCACGCGUUCGCGUCGAUCUGGCGGGAGGGCGCCGCGCGCGCGGUCGCCGCGGGGGCCGCGCCGCUCGCGGGCGGCGUGCGCGCGCUCUACCGCGGCGCGGUGCCGACGACGGUGCGCGGGAUCGUGCUGAGCGCGACGCAGAUCUGCUCGUACGACCAGAUCAAGCAGUCGCUCAAGGCGCGCGGGGUGAUGCAGGAGGGCGUCCCGCUCCACCUCGUCGCGAGCUCGCUCGCCGGCUUCUUCUGCUCCGUCACCUCGAAUCCCGUCGACGUGAUCAAGGUGCGGCUGAUGAACGACAAGACGCACCAGUACAGGGGCGCGCUCGACUGCGUGCGGCAGAUCAUGGCGAACGAGGGCGCGUUCGGGUUCUUCAAGGGCUUCGGCAUGUGCUGGGCACGGCUGGGGACGCACACCGUCCUCACGUUCCUGAUCUUCGAGCGCGUGCGAUCGAUGCUCGGUAUAGAGGCUAUGUGA